GUCUCACUCCUUGUUCCAGUUGUUUCUGCUUUACAGUCUUCACUCGCAGUGUGAUAUUUCACACGUCCUCUCGUUAGCACCAGCAUAUUGCCUUGCUCCAUCUACAUUACGACCCCGUGUUCCAACCAUUUUUGCCUAUUUACGACUUCCCAACCUGGAAUACCCACAUCAGCUUCUUGGAUCAAGAGAGAAAUUAUUGGAACUGUUUACAGUUCACUACAUUGGAUCGCCAGGACGCAAACUGCCAUACAGUCUACCCGUGGAUACAUACUCGACACCAACGGAUCACGACGUUUGACGGAACAUUACAUUUAAUUUGAGCUGGGCUCACUUCAGUCUGCCAAUACGAUGUCUACUUCUCAAGCAGAAUUCGAGCAACUGGUUUCGGGCAGCCUACAGCUGGCAUACAAGUACAUUGUUGUAUUUUGUGGACUGCUCGUACUGGUCUUUGUGGCAGGUCUGAUCAAGGUCUUCUUCGAUCGCAGAAAAUUAAAGCAGAUGGUGAAGAAGGAGGAGCUAGAGGCUGGACCGAAAGAAGACACUGUAGAACUCACUCUCAACCAACGCGAGAAGGAUGAAGGAGAUCUCUUCGGUAUUCGGGCCAUCGAGGCAGGAUUCUAUGCCGGUGUUGCUCAAUCACGCCCCACUUCGAGGGCCGGAUCCGUUGUUGGACAGCGCACUAUGAGCACCAGCACGCUCGUAGGAGGAAGUGUGAACUCACCAUUGAUGAAAGGACACUCUGCCAACACGAGUGUGAUGAGCUUGCACCUGGGCCAGAACGACUCCCGACGCAACUCUCCUCCAACCUCGAAGCUACGACCAUCCGAAGCUGAGUUGACCGGCAAGCACGGAGCAGUCGACAUGUCUCUUCAAGUCCCCCCUUCGCCUGGUCACAGUCGCCAACCGUCUCCUACUUUCGGUGGAUCGGAUGAUGGCGAUAGCGACAGCAUCAACACACCUCGUAGCUCUUCUCCCCGUACCGCCGACUUGCACCCCCAAUCCUACGGACCAACUCCCAUCAUCCCAAUGCCCGACGCCCUUCAGGUGACAUACCACGAUGUUCAAGACCCUGCUCGCUCGCAGGCGGCCUCGUACUACAACUCGCCUCUCCAAUCACCUACCCCUCCCCAGCCAGGCGCGCCUCCAGCAUCCCGGCUUCCCACUCUGCCAUCGACCGCAAUGCGCAAAGAGUCGCGUUCCCCAUCAACAGAGUCGUAUCAACCCCGCGGAAGGGUAGAGCACCCGAGUAGGUAGAGACUUUUCCCUGGUGCGUUUUUGUAUUUUUAGCAUUUAAUGAAGCAUCUAUGAUGAACUCCUAUCCUGA